GGUUGGCCGGGGCGUCCCCACGAGCGUUCAACAUGCGGAUUGAGAAGUGUUAUUUCUGUUCGGGUCCUAUUUACCCAGGCCACGGCAUGAUGUUCGUUCGCAACGAUUGCAAGGUGUUCAGAUUCUGUAAAUCCAAGUGUCAUAAAAACUUCAAAAAGAAGCGCAAUCCUCGCAAGGUCAGGUGGACUAAAGCAUUCCGGAAAGCAGCUGGUAAAGAGCUCACAGUGGAUAAUUCAUUUGAAUUUGAAAAACGUAGAAAUGAACCUGUCAGAUACCAGCGAGAGCUAUGGAAUAAAACCAUUGAUGCAAUGAAGAGAGUUGAAGAGAUCAAACAGAAACGCCAGGCUAAAUUUAUAAUGAACAGGUUGAAGAAAAAUAAAGAACUACAGAAAGUUCAGGACAUUAAAGAAGUGAAGCAAAACAUCCAUCUUAUCCGGGCCCCUCUUGCAGGCAAAGGAAAGCAGCUGGAAGACAGAAUGGUACAGAAAUUACAACAGGAUGUGGACAUGGAAGAUGUUUCUUAGAACUCUUACUGUCUGUAACCAUUUCUAUAAAUGCAUCUGGAAAUCUCCUUUGGAGACAUAGAACUUCUAAAUUAUUGAUUUUUUUUUUCAUGUAAGGUCACUCAUAUGAAAGGGGAUUAAAGUACUUCCUUCCUACAUUGCUAUCUGCAGAACAGCAGAUAUGGAUGCUAGAUUGCAUCUCAAUGUUAAGCCUUCACUGAGAAAUACACUUUUAUAAGUCAUGAAAAUUAUGUUUGUAAAUACAGAAGUGAAUUGUGGACAUAAAAUGGUCAUGCCUUUUGGUUAAUGGCACUAGGCAGCAUUUAUGUAAUAAUUAAUGACAAAUUCAUGA